CCCCCCUCUCCUCUCCUCCUCUCUCCCUCUCCCUGUCUCACAGUCUCUCUUUCCUCCGUCUCUGUCUGCCACUAGCCUACCUGCAAACCCAGUGCACAAAGCCGAUCACAAAUUCUGGCGUGUCGGCUGGGCCCUGUGCGCUACUAUGCUGCGGUAGAAAGGCCGCUGUUUUGCGGUGUUUCCAGGGGAUGUAGACAGGGACACAGCCGGGCACCGCUCUCCCCGUCGGACCGCGCCGUGUCUGCUCUGCUCUGCCCAGCCCGCUGCAUCGCUGAGCGGCCUGCGAAGCACACAAGAUGUCGACCAGAACGCCAUUGCCCACGGUCAACGAGCGUGAUACCGAGAACCAUUCCUCGGUAGAUGGCUUUGCAGACCCUCCUGUCCCGCCAACAAAAUCUGCAAGUCGCCACAGCCUGCCACGAUGCCGCAACUCUUUCACUUCUACCGAGGAGCAUCCCCACAUUGGCAACUACCGCCUCCUCAAGACUAUUGGGAAGGGGAAUUUCGCCAAAGUCAAGCUGGCACGACAUGUCCUGACUGGACGGGAGGUGGCAGUGAAGAUUAUAGACAAAACCCAGUUGAACCCCACCAGUCUACAGAAGCUCUUCAGGGAAGUCAGAAUAAUGAAGAUCCUGAAUCAUCCAAAUAUAGUGAAGUUGUUUGAAGUGAUUGAGACGGAGAAGACCCUUUACUUGGUGAUGGAGUAUGCUAGUGGUGGAGAGGUGUUUGACUAUUUGGUUGCUCAUGGCAGAAUGAAGGAGAAGGAAGCCAGGGCCAAGUUCAGACAGAUUGUGUCUGCAGUGCAGUACUGUCACCAGAGGAGGAUAGUGCACAGGGACCUAAAGGCAGAGAACCUGCUGUUAGACGCAGACAUGAACAUAAAGAUAGCCGACUUUGGCUUCAGCAACGAGUUCACUGUGGGAAGCAAGCUGGAUACGUUUUGUGGCUCCCCGCCCUACGCUGCCCCGGAGCUUUUCCAAGGAAAGAAAUAUGACGGUCCAGAAGUGGACGUGUGGAGCCUGGGGGUCAUCCUCUACACACUGGUCAGUGGAUCACUGCCCUUCGACGGACAGAACCUAAAGGAGCUGAGAGAGAGAGUCCUGAGGGGAAAAUAUCGUAUUCCUUUCUACAUGUCCACAGACUGUGAAAACCUGCUGAAGAAAUUACUAGUGCUCAAUCCUGUCAAACGGGGCAGUUUGGAGCAAAUCAUGAAAGACCACUGGAUGAACGUGGGUCAUGAAGAGGAGGAGCUUAAACCUUACAUUGAGCCUGAGGCGGACUUCAGUGAUUCAUCCAGAAUAGAGCUCAUGGUGACAAUGGGCUUCCCUAAAGAUGAGAUCACAGAGUCUCUACAAAACCAGAAGUAUGACGACGUCAUGGCUACGUACCUGCUGCUAGGCAGAAAAGCACCAGAGUUUGAGGGCAGCGAGCCUCUGACUAAUAGCGUCCUGGGCCAGCGGCAGCGACCGACCAGUGACAUCAAUAACAGCUCCAGCAUUUCUCCCGCCCAUCCAAAGGUCACACGCAGCAUCUCGGCCAAUCAGAAGCAGCGCCGCUACAGUGAUCAUGGUGGGGAUGAUGAUGGUGGUGGUGUCGUAGAGAAGCCAAUGGGCCCAUCUGUGCCACCCGCGGUGUCAUACACAAAGCGUGGCCAGGCUCUAAGUGUGGAAAGCGACCACAGGGAGGAGUGGGACGGAGCACGCCGACUGGAGCUCAACACUUCAAAAGGAGAUGUUCCAGCCUCUCCACUGGGGGUGCAGGAGAGAAAGAAAACCACAAGUGCUGUAGGGACCAAUGGAUCGAUGACUCGUAGGAACACUUAUGUGUGUGAACGAUCUUCCACUGACCGCUAUUCAGCUAUUCCCAACGGCAAAGACAGCAGUUUAACCGAAGUAUCAGGGAGCACCCCGUCAACUGCAAUGAGCUCCACGCGACCUCGCCACACCAAGUCAAUGUCAUCGUCAGGGCACCCUUCGAAGAGCACACUGCCCCCCAUCGACGACAACACAGAACUUAAAGCCAGUUCGUCUCCGCGGGGUCCCUCCACUUCUCCGUCUGCACACAGCAUCAGCACCCCAGAGAAGAACCGCUUCCCUCGCGGCACCACUAGUCGCAGCACCUUCCACGGGGCUCAGCUCCGAGACCGCCGCAGCGCCACCUAUAACGGCCCCCCAGCCUCGCCGACUCUGUCACAUGACACGGGGGCUCUUGCUCAGCAACGCAGAGGCACCUCCACCGGGAUCAUCAGCAAGAUCACCUCCAAGUUUGUCCGCAGAGCUCUGUCUUUCAGGUCAACCCGGAGGGUGCCUAGUGAGGGAGAGGCCAGUGCCAGGACAGAAACACCAAGAAGCGCAUCAGGUGACACAAAAGAAGACGGCGGUCGUGACUCCAAGCCUCGUUCACUGCGUUUCACAUGGAGCAUGAAGACCACCUCCUCCAUGGAGCCCGCUGAGAUGAUGAGGGAGAUCAGAAAGGUUCUGGAUGCCAACAGCUGCGAUUAUGAGCAGCGCGAACGCUUCCUACUUUUCUGUGUCCACGGUGACGCUCGCCAGGACAACCUGGUCCAGUGGGAGAUGGAGGUGUGUAAGCUGCCCCGUCUCUCUCUUAACGGUGUGCGUUUUAAGAGGAUAUCAGGCACGUCCAUCGCCUUUAAGAAUAUCGCCUGCAAAAUUGCCAAUGAGCUCAAACUGUGACAGCAGAUGGAGUCCCAGUCAGCCAUUGGGUGAGUGAGCUCUGGUUACGGUCUCAUCGCAUCACUGGAUUAGUGUUGACUUACAGGACAAAAUUCAGCACUGAAGGUCCUCGCCGCACAGAAUCAGGGUGGAAACGGCUGGUAACGUGCAAUACUGGCCACGAAUGUACUGUACAGGGUAGUGGAUCAGAGAGCUGUCACAAGGUUUUUGAACUUCUGUGAUGGAGAGAUGGCAAAAAACAGCAAACCCCGCUUUCUUUCUUUCUUUUCUUUUUUCUUUUUUUUUUAUUUCUUCUUCCGUCCGUCUGUCCGGCCAGCCCUCUGUCUCUCUCAUCAGUCCGCUGCUCCUCGUCAUAGGACACAUUCAUAUAUCAUGCAGUAUGCAACUGAAAAGACCAUCCUGCAAUAAUGUUUUCAGUCUGUUUUUCUAAACGCCUAUUUCGAGAUCCUUGCUGAAUAACCAUUAAAAUUACUGAACGCUAAAAUAGCCGCUUUUCCACCUGUGUUAAGUCAGUAUAUAGAUCAGGCUGGAGCCCAUACUAAAACUAUGUAAAAAGAGAAUUGUACUGUAUGCAUAACAUCUGCAGGUACUGUAUUGUAUAUUGAUUUUGAGUUCUGUACAGAAUUUAAUUGUCAAUACUGUCUUUUUUCAUGGGAUUUGAUUUCUUUUCCUAAUAUAAUUGAUGUCUCUUAGAGCAUUAUCCUUUUGGUCUGUGAGUUUUUUUUAAUUCUUUUUUUUUUUUUUUAAAGAGCCACCAUAUGAAAAUAGUGUUUUUAAUUUUAUUUAAAGAGCACUAAAUUAUUUUGUGAAACAUUGAGGGAUGCAGUCCCUUGCCUUUUAUGUUAUAUUUUCUUUGCCUACAGAAAAAACACUAAGUUGCACCACAUAGACAUUAGUAGUAACUUCAGUUGAAACUGAAAAUGUGUUCACUUUAUUUUCUCUGAGCAGCGGGGAGGUGGUUUGGAGAUCCUGCUGCAAUUGCACAAGUUUUCCAGGGUGAUGUGUAUGAACAUGAGAGUAUGCACCUGUAUUUCUUUCAUGUUAGUUUGGUAGUCCUCAAUUACAAAACCAAGCAGGGGUUAAAUUGGUUUCUUUUAGAAAGUAGAGGACAACAUGUCUGGAUCCAAACGACUGAGAAGAUGCAUGAGAAGUCAAACAAUCACCUCGAAAGAAGCCCUUUGUCUUGCAGAGCUUUUCUAAAGAGACUGAUUUAGUCCUGCCACCAGUGUGAUUGUGCAGGUACUUGUGUAUCUCCUUGCUUGUGUUUUUUUUUUUCUUUUUUUUCUUCUUUUUUUAUUUCAGCCGAUUUUAUUGUAUUUAUUCCAUUACAUUGUAAUGUGCUGCUUUGUAGAAUUGAGGCGUGCACUCUGUUGGAGAAAAUAAAAGGAUUUUAUUUGUUUGUA